GCUCGUGGGAACUGUGUCCAAGCGGUUCUCUUUGAACAUUCUAGAAAACUUCCAGAACAAUCACCCCAAAGCCAGCCAUAUCCAUUGGUAUUCUGUCCUGGAACAAAGCAAGAAAACAAUCUAGUCGAGACAUGACGGCAACGAGCCAAAGACUCUCCACUGUGAUUCCAAGAUGAGCCUGAAGCAUCAGACUGUGGUGAUUUGAGUUUGCUAACACCCUGUACAUGAUGGUCCAUGCAAACACUCAUCGCCUGCCACCUCGGAUGGCACACAUCACUCCUGAACGGCUCCCCUCUUACUUACAUAGGCAAGUUGAUCCUGAGAUGAUCCUCAAUCGGAUGUGUCGACUAACUCCCCGCAUUCUCUUGCUUAUCCGUACUCAGACUUCAUCUCCCGUCACUGUCCCGUGCCUCUCUAACCGAAUCUCUUCAGCCGAUUUACGCCCCGUGGAAUAUGAAGAUCAACAUCAAGCCUCCAAAGUACACCGUAUAGAGACGCAAAAUCCCUGUUCCCGAGGCGAAAUGAGGACUUGUCCCGCUGUCUUUGACCGUUGGUACAGCCCUGCGUUGGGGCGGCGGGUACCCGAGGCGGAACGAGAUCAAGAUGACUCGUCAAUUUCCUUCUCAAUCUCUUUCAUGAUCGAGUCUCAAGUUGAUCAAAGUAUCUGCACCCGCAAAUUGACUGACUGCGAUCUCGUUCUCUCGUUGCACUUCGGAUGACCCACGCUCAGUCCUCGCUUCAAGCCCUCAACUCAAUCUCCUGCGCAAUGAUGGAUCCCUCUUGCGGACAAAAGAGGCUACAAUACGCCGAUGCUCUUGAGUCUGGCCCCAUCGUCAUCGUACCGAUUUUUUUUUUUUUGCAGUAGACAAUUCUCCGGUCGUGCGUACCUCGCGUGGG